ACCGAAAUUCUUGUUCAGAUUUCCACACCCACAGCCUCUCUCCCCUCUAUGGGCUCUCUCCACAACCACUCCUCUCCCCUCGACUCCUCUAGCUCUAAACGCGUACAUAAUCCGAGUAGAUCAUUACAUUUUCUUCACCAGUUUCUUGCUCUGCAGUAGUUCCGCUCUCUCCAUCACUCUCUCGUUUCGUAGUCCUGAGCUCACGCGUUUACUCUCAUCAGACGCUCUUUAACCUGCUCUAGAGACCUUCUCCAGCAGCUCUUUAAACUGCGUCGUAGUAACAGCCGUCUCACGUCGUCACCAGCACUUACGAUGGCGACAAACUCGGCGCUGAACGUCAACCAGACCGCCAUCUACGACCGACGACCGAACUCCGACACCAGGAGGCUCCGUACGACCACGCAAGGCUUCAGUGCGUUCUUCGCUGCGUUAAAGAUUGGUAGAUUCGAAAAGGACGCCAAGGACCCGCAGGGCAGGUCCUUCCGUCGGCCACUUGGAUUCUCUCCCCUGCGUCCAGCGGCUGUGAGUCCAGCAAAGAAGGCUGCUGCUCAAGUCGCUAGCGAGCUGCCACAGAAGCAACAACAGACGACAAUACAGCAGAAGGUCAAGCAACGGUCUCAAAAAAUGGUUUCGCUGUCUGCGAUUUCAAGCAUGCCUUCAAGAAUCCCAAAGCCUGUGAGCUCAAGAACGGCUUUAAUGGUUCCUGAGGCGAGAUCUACCAGCAGCAGCAGGGGAAUAAGAGGACUGAUGCUGAAGGCUCUGUUGCAGAGAAGGGGUCUUCAAAGUUGCUGCAAAUGAAGCUGAUGUUUGAAGUUUCCAGAAUGACCCAGACGAGAAUUCCGGUUCAUGUUGCUGCUGUUGCUGCGUGAUUGAAGAACUGCGGAUUUCAUAUGCGCAGCAGAAGCUUCUGUUAGCUUAUUUAUUGUAGAGUUCAACUGGUUGUUGAAACUAGGUUUUGGUCCCUU